GGACCGGGCCAAGAACAUGAUUUCAUUUGGUGUAUAGCUUCAUUAUAUGCUUUAUUUGCUAAAAGUCAUUGCUUUUUACAGGCACUUACCAAGGCCUCUAAUUACCAUAGUUGGGAAGCAACUUCCAGUACCAGAAGACUAUGUUGUCACGGGAGAAUCCAAGUUUGCUUCACUUGGAGUUGAUUAUCCUGAUAUAGUUGAAAUUGUGAUGGGACUUGAAGAAGAAUUUGGAAUCAGUGUGGAAGAAGAAAGUGCUCAGACCAUUGCAACUGUUCAUGAUGUUGAUCUGAUUGACAAGAUUAUAAAAAACAAAUCUCCAAUUUGUUUAGUACUGGUUCAUUUUUACAGCAGUUUCACAAGCAUAAAUAGUUUUGCUUUUACAGGGGUUGUAAAUUCACUUCAGUAUCAAUAUGAAGUGAGAAAUACCUGGAUUUCCGACAGCGGAGCUAGCGGGACCAUCGACGAUUUUGAAGGGGCUUCUGGAGCAAGCGACAAGUCCACAAGAGUGUCUUCCACGGGUGGGUACAGAAGAUAA